AUGCCCGGUUCCGUCCUUGUGGUUGGAUGUGGUGUCUUUGGACUAGCUACUUCGAGAAGUUUGGCAGAGAAAGGGUACUCGGUGACCGCCAUUGAUGCCUACGAGCCGCCUUCCCCAUGGUCUGCUGCCAACGAUUACAAUAAGAUCAUUAGGGGGGAGUACACCGAUAUGAUCUACUCGAAGAUGAGUGUCGAGGCAAUCGACCUGUGGCGCAACGACCCCGUUUUCAAGGGAUUGUACAAUGAGUGUGGUAGGCUCAUGAUCACCCCAGCCCACCAUGUUGGAAGAAAGGAGUUUGAGAGAAAAGGCAUCGAAAACCUCAACAAAUUGGGUGAAGGCUUCAGAAUGGAAUAUUUCCAAGGUGGCAAUGAGGUCUCGGAGAGGUUUGACUUUUUCAAGUACAAUCUCAUGGCAAAUGAGGAGGAGUCCAAGUUCAAUCCGGAUUCGGGACUGGCUCACGCUGGAAACUCGCUGAGAGCAGUGUAUCGCAAGUGCAAGCAACUCGGUGUGAAAUUCCUCUUUGGUAAAAAAGGCGAAUUUGUUUCUGUUGAGAAGAAAAAAGGUAUUGCCUAUAUCAAGACCGCCGAUGGUUCGUUGCACACUAGUGAGCAGAUUGUCGUUUGCUGUGGAGCGGCAACAGGCAAAAUGCUUGAUCUGCAGGAGCAACAGGGAGCCACAGGUUUGUUCGUCACUCACAUUAAAUUGACUCCCUCGGAGUAUGAGACCUACAAGAACAUGCCUGUUCUCUUUGAUGCUGAGAUGGGAUACUUUUUCCCUCCUGACCCUGAGACUAGGAUUUUGAAGAUUGCCCAACCAGGUGCUGGUGCUUCUCAUUUUGUUAAGAACCCUCACAAUUCGGGCAAGAAGAUAUCCCUGCCCAGAUACCAUAAUCUCCACCCCACUGAUACAAUGCCGAAGCAUUGCAUAAAGCAAACGAAACAGAUACUAGCCAAGUAUAUUCCUGAGUUGGCCUAUCAUGAGCUCUUCGACAGCAAAGUGUGUUGGGUUGCAGAUACAGCCGAUUCGCACUUUAUCGUCGACGGAGUUCCAGGUUAUAGCAAUCUUUAUGUUGCUACCGGUGAUUCUGGACAUGGCUUCAAGUUUUUGCCCAACAUCGGAAAGUACAUCGUUGGUAUGUUGGAAGGGAAUCUUGAUGAGGAGUAUGGGUCGCAAUGGAAAUGGAAGACGUCAGCCAAGGGCUUUGAUCCGGUAUCUAUGGACUGGAGAGUUGCUUCUGAGUUCCCAGAUCUGAAAAAUGUUGAUUGGGUACAAGAGCAACCAAAGGCAAAAUUAUAG